UUGAGAGUACUAGUUAACUUUGCCCAUACACUUGAGGACUUCAUCAAGAAUAUCAAAAAGUGGACAGAUGUACUAAGAAGAAUUAUAAGCAAGUACAUGAGCGUAUCUAAGAAGUCAAUGCAAAGGGUCCAUGUAUACUUUUAUUGUAUUGUACAA